UUCACUUAACGACUUGAAGCGAAGAGAGUAAGACGUGUGUCAGUCGGUGGUGGAAAAUAAAAAAGGUUUUGUGUUUGUAGUGACAGUUAAUUAACAAAAUGUUUAAGAACACAUUUCAAAGUGGUUUCUUGUCAAUCCUGUACAGCAUUGGGAGCAAACCGUUGCAAAUUUGGGAUAAAAAGGUGCGAAAUGGACACAUAAAACGUAUCACAGACAACGACAUCCAGUCACUAGUUUUAGAAAUCGUUGGAACUAAUGUUAGCACAACCUACAUCACAUGCCCAGCAGACCCAAAGAAAACACUCGGCAUCAAACUGCCAUUCUUGGUGAUGAUUAUCAAGAACUUGAAAAAAUACUUCACAUUUGAAGUUCAGGUAUUAGACGAUAAGAAUGUCCGAAGACGGUUCAGGGCUAGCAACUACCAGAGCACAACAAGGGUGAAGCCAUUUAUCUGUACUAUGCCAAUGAGAUUGGACGAUGGAUGGAAUCAGAUUCAGUUCAACUUGUCAGACUUCACCAGAAGAGCGUAUGGAACGAACUACAUUGAAACCCUUAGAGUACAGAUCCAUGCAAACUGCCGAAUCCGCCGUGUGUAUUUCUCAGACAGAUUAUAUUCAGAAGACGAAUUACCAGCAGAGUUCAAGCUUUAUUUACCUGUGCAAAACAAGAAAUAACCUCACCACUGACUCUAAUCAUUAUAAACAUUGUACAUACAUUUGGAAAUCUCUACUCAAGGAACAUUUAAUGGAAAUAAAACCUUACAAAAUACAAAGUUAUGGAAUAUUUAAUAGUCAAAACCAUUUUAAACAAAUAAAUAGUGGAUAUUUUUAACAUGUUUUUUUUUAUUUUACAUAAUUUGAAAAUGUCAUAAAUUGUUGAGGCCUUCCAUUUUUGGGAAAGUUAUUGAAAACAACAUGUACACAUCUACUCAGACACUUAUUUUGAAUUUAUGUGCUUAAGUGUUCAGUGACACAGAUGAUGCUUGUUUGAUGUUUGAAUGGAAUGAAACAUGCAACAGACUGUGCUAAAAUGUGGAGAUUCAUCUCCAGAUUAAUCCAGUCCAAUUUUACUGGAUGGUACAAAAGAUCUGAUUAAAGAGAGUCUGUUUACAAUGACUGUUCGGGUUAGAUUUGUGAGAUUCGUGCAGAUAUUGAUUGCACAAGUCUUUUUUUACAUGCUAUGUUAUUAUAAAAUGUUUCGUUUCAAGAUCCAAAAAGUUUCAAAGAUGUGAUUUUAUUUGGGGUAGCUCACAUGUAUCUCUUGUGAUGCUAAAUGUCUUUGUAAAUUUAUUUCUUUUUCCAAAAAUAAGUUACCUCAAAUAUUGUCGAAUUCUUGUGAAAUAUAUGAAAAAUUGCCAAUUUUUGUCAAUGUAUUUGUUUACAUUUAUUGUUAGUACAAUACCUGUACCUAGUAUCUUUCAUCCCAAAAUGAAUUGUACCAUAUAAUGCCUGUGUUAAGGCUUCACUUUAGCAUUUAAUAAAAUUGUCUGUGAGAUAUUAAAUUUAAUUAAAGUU